GCAUUGUUCUCUGUCAGGCUGGGUAGAGACAGGAGGGUCCCGCGGAGGAUGGAGGAAAAACUCCCCACCGGCAUCAAGCCCUACCUGGACAAGCUCACCUUGGGCGUCACAAGGAUAUUGGAGACUUCCCCAGGAGUUGCUGAAGUGACUUUUGUGGAAAAGGAGCCAGCUGAACGCCACACAAUCGUCUCCUGGGAACAAAAAAACUCCUGUGUAUUACCUGAGGAUUUAAAGAACUUCUAUCUGAUGACCGAUGGCUUCCAGAUGACCUGGAGUGUGAAGACUGAUGAUACCCCAAUGCCCCUGGGCUCCAUGGUGAUUAACAGCAUCUCAAAGCUGUGCCGGCUUGGUGGUUCCUCUAUGUACACUCUGCCUAGUGCUCCAACUCUUGCUGACCUGGAAGAUGACACAGAUGAGGAAGGUAAUGGAGACAAACCAGAGAAGCCACACUUUGAUUCUCGUAGUCUUAUCUUUGAAUUAGACCCAUGCAAUGGGAAUGGGAAAGUCUGUCUUGUUUAUAAGCAUGCUGAACCAGUGGUCUCCCCAGACACAGAGAUCUGGUUCCUGGACAGAGCUCUGUAUUGGCAUUUCCUCACCAAAACCUUCACAGCCUACUACCGCCUGCUCAUCACCCACCUGGGUCUCCCACAGUGGCAGUAUGCCUUCACCAGCUAUGGGGUCAGCCCCCAGGCCAAGCAAUGGUUUAACAUGUAUAAACCUAUAACCAUCAACACAGCACUCCUGUCUGAAGAAGCAGAUUCCUUUGUGAACAAGCUAGACCCCAAUAAGGUAUUUAAAAGCAAGAACAAAACUCCAGUGCUCAAGAAAAAACAGCCUCCACAGCCACCAGGCUCCCAAAAGAGUCACACAAGCAUGACCUCUGCCAAGACAUCCUCACUAGCAGGGAAUUCUUCAAGGAAGUGAGCCCGCUAGAUCUGACCCUGGACAACAUUUGCAAUAAGCUUUGAUGCUUUCUGCUGCAGAGUCUCUGUGGUUCAGACCAAGUUCCUUGUGCAUGAAUAGAUGUGCCCAUGGAAAACACAUUGCAGCACUUGCAUGAAAUAUAGCUGUGAUGUGGAUGUAGUUCCUGGAGGCUCUUAAAAAAAAUUGAUACAUCAGUUUUAUUCCCUUCUGCUACUUGCAGCAUGUACUUUUCAGAGGGCAUGAAGAAACUUUGAUGUUACUGCUCCAAGGGGAAGCAUUUGUUCCUGUACAACUGCAGCAGUGAAAUGAAAGCAAAUAUAAUUCACUGUAACUUUAACCAGACCAGUGCUGAAGUAGAGGGUGUGAAGAUGUUUCUUCCAUGUCCUUUGAAAGAAAACUAUGCUGACCUUGCACGCUGUGGGAGCAGGCUGGAACCCACUGAACUGAGAAGUAUCUUUCACUCCACAUAGAAUCAAACUCUGCACUUCCCUGUGCUUCAUCCAACUUUUGCUCUGAGAUUCAUGGUACAAUGGGACUUGAGACUUCCAUGUCUCUGCAUUAGCCUAGCCACUUGCUCUGCAGCCCGGACCCCUUUUUGGCCUUCAAGCUGUCCUAGAUUGGAAGGCAAUAUGUGUAUUCUAUUUGCCAUCUGUGAGAGGUGUGGCAGUUAUCUUCUGUUAAUUGGGCAGUUUUCUUUAUCUCUUCCACAAACCAAUCCUCACUCCCAGGAGAUACCUGCUGUUAAUGGGCCAUUGAGUGUCACUGCAUGACUGAUAAAAAUUACAGCAUCCCAUUGUGAGCUGCUUCACCACGGGAGAGGAGCCAAGCAUUCCUACCUGGAUAUAAUCUGAGAUUUUGGGACACCAGAACAGCCUUUCCGCUGUAUUCCCAGAGGAGCAGCUGCCUUUUCCACUGGAUCUUCAGAGGAAGACCAAGCCCAUCUACACCACCACUGGACCUUCAGAGGAAGACUACACCUUUCUACAGGAUCACUGCUCCAACAGA